ACACCGCUACAACGUGUUUUUAUCGCUGGCUGUCCAGACGGAAGGUGCUGAAACGCUUUGUCGCGUGUCUGGAAGAAGUGAAAACUUUCCUGGGCAGCAAAGGGCUCACCUUUCCUGAGCUGGAACAGCCAGAGUGGCUGGAAAAGCUACACUUCAUGGUAGACAUGACAGCGCACCUGAACACGCUGAACACAGCUCUUCAGGGGAAAGGACGUACAGCCCUGCACAUGUUGGAGGAUGUUUUGGCAUUCGAGCGCAAGUUGACAGUGCUUGCCAGAGAUUUACAGAAAGGCACUUUGUCUCACUUCCCCAAUUUGAGAGAGUUCAAACAAGGUCACGACAUGAUAAUUUCGGAGUAUUUACAUUCUGCAAUCAUCGCAAUGCAAACAUCGUUUGGGAAACGCUUCUGUGAGUUCAGAGAGGAAAAAAACACAUUAUCCUUCCCGGUCACUCCCUUAAGCAUCGAUCCUUCCCUACUGAAUACGACUGCAUUGGCAGGUGUGAGUCAACCUGAUCUUGAGAUGGAACUGGCCGACAUAGCCGACAAAGACAUAUGGGUGUCCAAGUUUAGACGCUUGACAGCAGACCUUGAAGAUGUUGCCCGUCAGAAGGCCGUUCUUGCUCAGAAACACAAAUGGAGUGAUAUUGAAAACCUCACAGAUGACAGCUUGCGAUCCUGUGUAAAGAUGAAGGUGACAUCAUACAGCCCUGAUGUGCAGACGCUGUGCGCUGAGGUCCAGGAGCAGAAAUCCCAUUAACCAAGCUGACAGCUGGCUGACGUUAUUUUUGGUUUGCUGCUGGCGGAAAAUUUAAGUUCGGCGUUUUUCAUAAAUACAAGAAGGACUCAAAUAGACAUUGAAUAUUUUACUUAAAAGUAACUUUCAACCCAACGUCUUUUUUUCGGAGUUCAAAAUGUUUUUGUUGCAUGCAGAAAUGUAAUUUCGUUUUCUCUGCAGGAGUUCAUCAAUUUCAUAAAUGCAACACAUUAUAGUUUGUUUAUACAUAGCAUAAAGGCAAAAAAAAACGUUGUAUGCAGUGUUAUUUCAUUUUAAAUGUCAAACGGGUUUUGCG